AUGUCAAGGGCUUCUCAUCUGCCACCUAUAGCAGCUCCAGCACUCCACGUUCUUAGACUCUCUCUCUUUCCAACUCUUAAGCUUUCAUCACCAUCACCUUCUUCAACCCUUCGUAGACUCUCUGUUUUUGCUCCGUCACAGACACUUAAUCCCAAAACCCUCCUACCCAAUUCUCCACAACUUCAUUCCUUCAACCUGAAGUGGGUCUCGCCCAUGGUGGGUCAUCCUUGUCCCAAAGGCACAGCUUCAUUCAGUACUGGGAGCAGCACUGGAGGUGGUAGAGAAAUAUUGGUACAACAUUUGCUAGUUAAAGAAGAUGACCCAAAGCUUAUAUUGGAGCUGCAAAAACGAAUCUCAGAAGGAGAGGAUCUAAGUGACUUGGCAGUGGAAUACUCAAUUUGUCCAUCAAAAGAAGAGGGGGGAAUGCUUGGCUGGGUGAGAAAGGGGCAAAUGGUACCAGAGUUUGAGGAGGCUGCAUUUAAUGCACCAGUAAACAAAGUUGUAAGGUGUAAAACUAAAUUUGGAUGGCAUUUAUUGCAAGUUCUCUCUGAGAGGGAAGAAUCCACACUGCAAGAUAUACAGCCUGAUGAGCUUCAUGCGAAAAUGCAAGACCCCUUGUUUAUUGGGGAGGCUCAACUGAUUGAUGUUCGAGAACCAGAAGAAGUGUAUGCUCUGUUUCCCUCUGACUAA